AUGUUUCUCGGUACAGCGUUGCAUCUUUGCGGCCAGAUGAAGAUUCUGAAUUCCAAAUUCGCCGAUUGCUUCGUUGGAAAAUCGCACAACCACGAUAGCUUCAAUACACUAGUCGAGAGACACAUCUACUUAAUAAACAGAGCCAAAGAACUCAUCGAGACGGUCAAUUUCUUCUUGCUGGUGAAAUUGUUUAUUAUGAGUAUUCUUUUGUGCAUAAUGGGAUUUCAGUGCAUCUUAGCGCUGCAAGUGAACAACUAUAUAAUAGUGUGGAAAAGUUUGAUGGUGCUGUGUUCCUUUCUGACGCAACUCACGCUUUAUUGUUUCACCGGGGAAUAUCUUAAAUCCCAGAUGGAAAAAGUAGCGACUUCUAUUUACCAAAGCGUGUGGUACGAAUUUCCUGAACAAGUGAAGAAGAGCAUAAUCUUCGUCAUUAUGAGAAGAGAAUCUUCCGUCUCGUUGCAAGCUGGAAAUUUUAUUUUCGUCAAUCUGGAGACUUACAUGAGCAUUCUGAAGACCUCUCUUUCGUACAUAUCCGUACUACGCGUAAUGAUGGAGCCGUAA